UCACCGUCGUUAUAGAAAAGAAAAGAAAAACCAAUAACAAAAAUAAUAAUUAAAAAAAACCUUUGCUGCCGAGUGGCGCUCACUGGCGGCAGUAGCGGCGGCUGCCGGAAGCAAAAAAAUCGUGUAGCUCAUCGUCGUAUGUGAUUGUGAGAUGGGGAAUCCAAAGCAGAAGUGGACGGCGGAGGAAGAAGAAGCAUUAAGGGCGGGAGUGGCCAAAUACGGCAAAGGGAAUUGGAAAUUAAUUCAAAGAGACCCUGAGUUAAGCCCUUUCCUCUUUGCUCGCUCCAACAUUGAUCUCAAGGACAAGUGGCGGAACUUGAGUGGUGGUCCCGGCGGCCAUGGUUCACGGGAAAAAUCAAGGGCGUCGAAGCCCAAGCCGAGCUCCGACGGUUCGCAGGGCGCUGUUGUUGUUAAGCAAACUGCAUUGCCUAAACCACUUGUUGAUGAUUCUUCGAAAAGCUUUGCUCCAAACCGGUACAAUGAAAUGAUUAUUGAAGCCAUAUCAGCGUUGAAAGAGCCAAACGGAUCAGAUAACAGAGCGAUUGUCGGCUACAUUGAGCAAAGGCAAGAGGUACCUCAAAGUUUUAAGAAGCAGUUAUGUUCAAGGUUGAAAAGGCUGGUUGCUAUAGAAAAACUAGAAAAGGUGCAAAAUCGGUACAAGAUACGAAAAGAUGAGACAUUCGGGAUGAAGACGGCAAGCCCAAAACAAAAAGGCACGAAGCUUAAGCAGUCGCAAAAUCCUGGUCAUAAAACUUGCGAUGCAGUUGAAGAAGCUUCAAUGACUGCUGCCUAUCUUAUUGCUGAAGCAGAAAAUAAGUCAUUUGUUGCAGCUGAAGCAGUUAAAGAGGCAGAACGAGUCUCGAAAAUGGCUGAAGAUGCAGAUUCACUACUACAGUUGGCCAAAGAGAUUUUUGAAACAUGUUCUCAAGGUGAAAUUGUGCUGGUAGCAUAAUAGGACAUGAUAGAGAUGAUGACCCCUCCCCCCUUCAAUUAGAAUAUGUAUAUAAUGUUUUCUCUUGUUUUUCUCCAGAUUUUAACUUUGACUAAUUUGUAUGACUGAUAAACUCGACUAUUUUGAAUAUUUAUUAAUUUAAAAUCAUUUCUGAAAUAUUUAUAAAGUACAAAGUUAUGAA